GCCAGUUGGCUGUAAUGCGCUAAAAUGGAAAUCCUUAAACACGUUUUGGGUUUUUUGGUUUUCUUAAAGUUCUGUUCACCUUAUGUUAUUCAAUUGAAUUCAACAAAUUGGAAACAAAUGUUAGAUGGUGAAUGGCUUGUAAAAUUCCAUGCUCCUUGGUGUCCAGCUUGUCGACAGUUUUCACCAAUUUGGCAACAACUCUCUGAUGAUAGUUCAAUCAAUGCUUUUGUCGCAGAUGUUGAUGUAACAGAAAGUCCUGUCCUUAGUUUCAUAUUUUUUGUCAAGCGAUUACCAACUGUCUACCAUGUAAAAAAUGGCCUAUUCAGAGUGUACGACGGGGCAAGAACUCUUGAUGAUCUCAGAGUUUAUGUGAAAUCUGAAAAAUAUGAAACUGAAACACCUUUACCAUGGUAUUACUCACCAGCAUCUUUUCAUAUGCAUAUUUUCAUACGUUUCAUGGAUCUUGGCAUUUUCAUUACGAAUACUCAUCAAGCAUUUUUAGAUGCUGGUUAUAGUAAUUGGAUGUCAUUUUUGAUCAUUGGUCUAUCGACUAUAUUUUCCGGACUGUUCAUUGGAAUUAUACUUGUAUUGAUUUUUGAUUGUUUUUUCCCACCGCGUCCACAAAUCCUAAGAUUUAUUAGGAAACCUAAAAAGGUGGAAGAAUCUUUACAGUAUGAAACAGAAAAAUCCAGGUCUGAUGUUCACGAUGACAAUGUACCAGAGGAAAAUGUAGAUGAUGAGAUUACGGAAAUUCGUCAAAGGAAGGUCGAUAAUAAUGAAGUUCAUGAUUCAUAAUCUCAUGUAUUGCACAGAUAUUUACAUAUGCUUAGUUUCUUUCUAAUAUCAGUUUCAUUUUUUUUCAAUUGUUUUGGUUUCCGAACUACUCUAGACAACUUUUACAUACUCGAUUGGUUAUCGAAUUAGACCGUUUUGAUCUAAUGCGGUUAUUCAUGCCUUAGUAUGUAAAUUGUAAGAGUUAACUAAAUGUGAAUAUUAGCGCAUACGGGUAUAAUGGCUUACUAAUAAUAUAUUUAAAGUAACUUGGUCAAAUUGUAAACAACUUGCUGUAUGUUUAAAUUACACAAGUAUAAGAAAUGGUAAAAUGAGCGGUUUUCCAGUUAUGGUACUGUUGUAUAGCUUCCAACGAGUUUUCUUUCUUUUUGUGUUCGGAAAUAUCAUCAUUUCCUAUAAUCUACAGAAAAUUUGACAUAUUAGUGGAUUGGAACAGCUACUUUAAAUAUCUCUGACCACAUGAAAAUUCUCAUUUACGGAAUACCGGACAGGGGGUAAAUCGCGCUUGCAGAAAUCUUAGUUAUGAUUCAUCUUUUUGUUAGUAUAGUUGACACCGUAUAAAGAUCAUGCUGAUGUCAAUAUCUUGAGUGUAUUAGGUAAUUGACUUUCAAAAUGUAGCAAACGCAAAUAAGCAAUUCAUAAAAUGUGGAAAACAACUUGCAUCUCGUCAGGUUGAAGAGAGAUAUUCUAAAAACAGCUUAUUAGUUUAUAAAUUAAUUUAAAAAAUCUGUUAGUAAAUAGUUGGGGAAAAAACAAGAUUAAUGCUUGUUUUGGAACGAUCCAAUCUGCCUUAAAAAGCAUAUAUUUUAAGUUCUAUUAGUAAGUUUCUU